GUAGAAAUAAUGUGCAUGAGACGGCGUUGUUUGAGUGACAUGUUGCUGACUUGCGUCGAUUUGACCGUGGACUGGUGAUGGUGGACCCCACCGUUAGCUCGAGGCUCAAGACCAAUGAGAAACACCUCUGCUAUUCCAUCUCCACUAAAAAGUUCUGCGUUUGACGCUCGCAAGAACAUUUUUCGUAGCCGUCAAAGUGCAGCACGCGAGGUCCCGCCCCAUUCAACGCCCGAUUCUCACCACCGAUAUCGAACUUUCGCUCCAACCCAUUCCCCCCAACACCUGAAUAACCGGCCUAUUCAAUCAACUAGUCGGUCACAAUGGCGAAGAAGAGAAAGGCUUCUGGCCAAAAUGCGCGCACCGGUCCCAAGGACUUCGACCCCGCCGAUGCCCGCCUGGGACCCAUCACCACAUACGAAGAUGUCGCCGAUUCAGAAGACGAGUACUUUUUGAACCGCGACAAGAUCAUGUUCGACGAGGGCCCCAAGUCUAAGAGGAGAAAGAAGGCCGACGAGGAGGAUCAGUUCCUGGAAAACUCGGACGAGGAGAUCCUGGACCUCGACGACGGCGACGAUUCCGACGCAGAAGUGACCAAGAAGCCCCCCCGGAAAUCCAAGAAGGGCAAGGCUGCUGCCGCCGAGGAGGAGGCCGAGGAAGAGGGCGAAGGAGCGGAGGACGAGAACGAUUUGAAUUGGUGGGGUUCCUCCAAGAGGGAGUACUAUAAUGCCGACCAAAUCGAGACCGAGGCCGAUGCGCUCGAGGAGGAGGCCGAGGCCAAGCGCCUGCAGCAGAAGAAGCUGGCCAAGAUGUCCCAGGAGGAUUUCCUGUUCGACGAGGGCGAAUGGCUGGCAGCUGCCAAGGAGGACAAAGAGGACCAGGACGUUGUCACAGAGGUUCUCAAGGACGUCGAGAUCACGGACGAUAUGGGACCCGAACAGCGCACAAAGAUCCUCCAGAGCAGGUACCCCGAGUUCGAGCACCUCGUGAACGAGUUCCAGACUCUGCAACCGCAACUGGCCAUCCUGCAGAAAGACGCCCACGGCAAGUCGAGUCAAUCGCUCGAGGCUGUAAAGUACUGGAUCCUCGGCUGCUACGUCGCCGCACUGGCAAGUUACUUUGCCAUCCUCACAUCGCCCGCACGCGACGGGUCAACAGCCCAAAAGACGCUCGACCCUGCCGAACUCCGCGACCACGACGUCAUGGAGACGCUGCUGGAGUGCCGCGACGCCUGGCAACAGGUCAAGAACGCCGCGCUGGUACGGCCCGACGACUCCGAGGAGGUCUCCUCCGCCGAGGAAGACAUCAGCGGCGUGGCCGCCGGCGAUGUGGACGAAGACGCCUUCGCCGCGGCGAGAGACGAGAUCAGGAGACAGCGGAGACUCGAGAAGGCGGCCAAGUCCAAGAACAAGCAGGCGCAGAAGAAGGCCGCCGCCAUCGAGGCGUCGCUCGCUGACCUCGACGACCUCCUUAAGCAGUCCAAAAAGAGCAGCAGCAAGACCAAGAAGGCCAAGGCUGCUGCUGCUGCUGCCGCCGCCGAGGAGGGCGACAACUCCGACUUUGGCGAGGAGGAGGUCCUCGACGCCCGGACGGCCGCGGACAAGGCCGCCCGCAAGAAGAGUCUGCGCUUCUACACCUCGCAAAUCGUUCAAAAGGCCAACAAGCGCGCCGACGCCGGCGCUGCGGCCGGUGGCGACGUCGACAUCCCCUACCGCGAGCGUCUCCGGGACCGCCAGGCCCGCCUCAACCGCGAGGCCGAGUCCCGCGGCCAGAAAUUCGGCGCCGACCUCGGCGACGGCGACAGCGACGACGAGGGGGGCAAGACGACGGCGGCGGCGCUGCGCGAGGAAGGGGACGACGAGUACUACGACAUGGUGGCCGCCUCCUCCAAAAAGAAGAAGGCGGACAAGGCGGCGUACAGCGCGGCGCUGGCGGCGGCCAGCAAGGCGGACCGCAUCGUGGAGCAGGAGAUUGUCGGGGAGGACGGCAAGCGCAAGAUCACGUACGCCAUUGAGAAGAACAAGGGCCUGACGCCGAAGCGCAAGAAGGAGAACCGCAACCCGCGCGUGAAGAAGAGGAUGAAGUACGAGGAGAAGCAGAAGAAGUUGAGGAGCAUGAAGGCUGUCUACAAGGGAGGCGAGCCCAAGGGCGGCUACGGGGGUGAGAUGUCUGGUAUCACGACGGGCAUUGUCAGGGCGAGGAAAUUGUAGAGUUACGUUGUCGUCGGCGCCAUCACGUAAUCCAAUUGAAUUUUUCAAAAGUUUUCUUCAA